ACCAAAGUAACUUUUACCUAAUUUUUUGUAACUUUUACUAUGUUUUGGUUAACUUUUAUAUUAUGAAUUUUUUUUGAUAAAUUAACUUUUUAAAAGAUUAAAAGAUUAAUUUUUAUACAUUAUUAAUAAUUUUGAAGAAAUUUUAUUAUUAAAAUAAGAAAAGUUUAAAAAUAUAAAAUAGAUAACUUUUACAUAUAUAAGGGUAACUUUUAUGUAUUUUGAGUCAACUUUUACUUCGGUGUACACCCCUUGUAAAUAAGAAUUUGUGAAAGCCGAAUACGUUAGUCUCAUGUUGCGACGAGUUAGACACGGAUGACCCAUCGGCCGAACCGAUUCGGAUCGGUUAUAGUUUACCCGGCCUAGUGGCUUAGAAUUUUCUCAUAAAACAACUCAGAAAAGGAAGAGAAAAAAAUGGAAAAGAAAAGAAGAUGGUUGAGGACCAAGAGGCGCUGAGAAUUUGAACUCUUUGUCAAAAAUCGGAGGGAGAAGCAACUUCCAACUUGCAAUUCAGUUCCCUCCAUAAUCAAUCUCCCUCAAUCUUUCCAAAUUCACGCCUCCAAUUCGCUAGGGUUUCAGAAUCCUUCUCCUCUUCUCACAAUUCUGCAAUUUGAUUUUUUAUCGUUUUCUGUUUGAUUUUUGAAAUUUAAUCUGUUCCGAUAAUCGGAAAUCUAAGCAACAAUGGCGGCGACAGCUACUUCAUCUCCAGUUCUUAGCAACAAUGGCUCUGAAACGAGUGCUAACACCGGCAUCUCCACUCCCCCUCCGCCGUCUGCGACACCUCCGGCCGCCGUAAAAAGUCCUGGUCUUCCGACGAUUAUGUUGCAGAGGCCUGAACCGCCGAAGAAUCUCCGGGGGCUCAAUAAACCUAAGUGUAUCAAGUGUGGUAAUGUCGCUAGGUCUAGGUGUCCUUACCAGUCUUGCAAAAGUUGCUGCUCUAAAGCCCAGAAUCCUUGUCAUAUACAUGUUUUGAAACCAAAUUCUACCCUAGCGGAUAGGGGAGCUUCUACGAACUCCACAGUACCUGAGCUGCAGCCUAAUGAAGCGGCAACCCCCGGGCCUCAGUCAAAAGCAGCUUCACUUCGACAACUUUCUAGCACUUUCUCGCAGUUCAACAGCGUGAAUGUUUCAGUUCGGUCGAGGAAGCCACUAACUAGAAAGGAGGCGCUGACUAUUAAUGAAUGGAGGUUUGCCAAGUUGAAAGAAUACAAGGAGGCAAACGUUGAAGCAGAAAAUGAAGCUUUUGAUCGAUACAUGCAGAAUAUCAGUUUACUUGAAGAGGUAUUCAAUGUUAAUAAUUCUGAGAUGCCAGAAUCAGAUGAGAAUGGUUCACUGGUGUCAACUUCUGGUGAAAGAAUGGAGAUAAUUUCAGAAACUAAGGUAAUGCUAAGAUCCAAUCCUAUAAGAACUGAUGCAUUUAGGAAGAGGAUUCGAGAAACAAUUGAUCAGGGAUUAAUAAAGCUACAGAAGACUAAUUCAAUUGAUGAACCUAGCAACAACUUAGACAACAAUGAAGAUGAUCCAGUUCCGAAAGAAGAUAAAAGUUUGUGGUCUGAAUUGAACUUCAAGCUAAACAAAGCUCGAAAUGAGGAGGAUUUAAUGGUUUGUAUGCAGAAAAAGUCCAAAAUUACAGGUCAAGAGAAACUAAGUUCGGGAAAUAAAACGGAGAACACUGAUUUGGAUUCGGCACUAGAAUCUGCUGUUUCCCUGAAACUGGUGAGAACUUCUGAAAUUGAUCAGGAUGUUUUGACUCGAAUGGAUUCGCGUUUUUCGUCACUAGAAGAAAUAGAAGAUUUAUAGGUUUUUGAAAUCUCCUUUUUUCUCAGUGUAAGGGUUGUGAUUUUGUGAAUUAUGUAAGAGUUGGUGUAGUCUUGUUAUGAUUAAUCAUAAGAGUACUAAUUAGUAAUUACUGAUAAAGAUCACUAACCAAGAAUUUGGAUGUCCACAAUUUUGGCCAUCAUACCCUAUCAAGCAACCCAUAUAUGUUUCGAGUUGCUUUUGGAGAA